GGAGGACACGGUAACAUGAGAGACACACCUCAGAGCCACCUCCUGGCCUUCUCCUUCCUCUGCCUCCUCUCAAAGGUGUGUGCCCAGCUGUGCCCAACGCCAUGUGCCUGCCCCUGGCCGCCACCGCAGUGCCCGCGGGGGGUGCCCCUGGUGCUGGACAGCUGCAGCUGCUGCCGGGUAUGUGCACGGCGGCUCGGGGAGCCCUGCGACCACCUCCACGUCUGUGACCCCAGCCAGGGCCUGGUCUGCCGGCUCGGGGCGGGCCCUGGUGGCCGGGGGGCCGUGUGCCUCUGGGGCGAGGAUGACGGGAGCUGUGAGGUGAACGGUCGCCGGUACCGGGACGGCGAGACCUUCCAGCCGCACUGCAGGGUUCGCUGCCGCUGUGAGGACGGCGGCUUCACCUGCGUGCCACUGUGCAGCGAGGACGUCCGGCUGCCCAGCUGGGACUGCCCCCACCCCAGGAGGGUUGAGGUCCCGGGCAAGUGCUGCCCUGAGUGGGUGUGCGACCAGACAGGGGGGCUGGGAGCCCAGCCCUUGCUGGCCCAAGGACUCCAGUCUUCUGGCUUUGUCGCUCUCCCGCCUCCUGGGGUCCCCUGCCCAGAAUGGAGCACGGCCUGGGGUCCCUGCUCCACCACCUGUGGGCUGGGCAUGACCACCCGGGUGUCCAACCAGAACCGCUUCUGCCGACUGGAGACGCAGCGACGCCUGUGCCUGCUUGGGCCCUGCCCACCUGCCAGUGGCCGCAACCUACUGAACAGCGCCUUUUAGAGCAGGCCCA